AUGCCUCAAAGCUGGAAUAUCAUCGAAGCGCGAAGCGAAACCAAACCGGAUACCGCGUUUGACAUGCCGUCGGUCGCAUCUCGUUUCGAUCCUUCUCGGUUGACCGCGUCUACUGAACAUGAUACGCAGACAAACACCGUCGUGAUCGCGAUUGAAAGCAUCAACACGUUUUCGCUGACCAAUCGAACUGUGUUGUGUCCCAGCUCAGCGGGUCAUACAAUAAGAAAUGAAGUUACGGAUGAUCUCAGCAACACGGAACCUGGAACGUCGACCCCUUUAUUGCACGUGCUUGUAAAUUUGCAUCCGCUGCUUGGUCAAGAGAAGACCGGCACGCGAGAAGAGUGGAGUUACGGAACUCAGGGAGCGAAGUGCGUGGCAUGGCAUGGCGUGGCGUGGCGUGGCGUGGCAUGGCAUGACAGCGGCGGCGCAGCGGCUGUCAUUGCCGUAAGCGCGAAACGCGAAGCCAAGGUCGUUUUUCAUCUGUCCCCCCCGGGGCCCCGGCUGGCGUAUUGUAUGGCCCCAGAUCGAGGGUGUGUGCUGCCGCCGUCGUCCGGUCUGCAAUUGACCGACAACCGGCGAAUGAACGAACGACCAACGAGAACAAUCGAACGACGGCGGCCUCGCUACGAGCCUCGUCUCGACUCGACUCGAUUCGACUCGACUCGACUCCUCCCUGUCCUGGUGCCACGCUCGUUUUCCGUGUGCAUUCAGUUUUGUCAAGGCUACGGUGCAGCGGACGUUGGAAGCCGAGGUCGGUUCGGUUGUGUUGUGUCGUGCGUUGAACUGAAUCUGGUCGUCGUGUUGUUGGUGCUUGGCCUCAUCUGCUACGUGCAACUGACAGAGGCGAGGAAAAAGAAGAACCAGAGUGAGCGCGGUAGCGACGGCGGCAAACCGCACAGAAACGGCAGUUCCGGCAAGCACGAGCGAAAACGUGUGCAUUCUGGCUCCAAGAAAAAUAAGCCGAAAAAGAAGGAAGAACGACGGAAGAACAAGACCGGCGAACCGACGCUUCCAGACGCGAAAUCGGAGGCCAAACCCCAGCGUGUCAAAAGACAGGACGGCAAUUCUGACGACUCGGAAGGCGUGCCGUUGAUGCUCUCCGCAGCUUUCUUGCACACCGUCGAGCCAGCUAAGUGUCACCCCGACGGCAGAUGUCCUCUUUCCUUACCGUCUCGUCUGAAUGACGAUCCGAAAAUGGAGACCGUUUCGUCUGAAGGAGGCGACCAUGAGGAGGAUGAGGACGUGUGA